UCGGAGUUUCCAGAUUGCGUGGUAGACGUACUGUAGAUGCAGUUCCAGCUGACGGUAGUGUUUUACUCGAUGCUAUGGCAGUUUUACAGUCAACUGUUGUUAUUCCGAAGACAUACGGAGAGCUUGCUGAUAAUAUCCUUGCAAGAAUACUUGCUAUCGCACGCAAGUUCAAAGCAUCCCGUGUUGACUUCGUAGCCGACCGUUACCGCAGCUCAGUAUAA